UUUACAACCACCGAAAACACCAAAACCACGGUAUCUUGCUGCGGACCUGCACUCUAGCUAAGUUGCGCCUAGAAAGUACCUGCAACCCAAAGCCUGUGCAUUCUCUGAAUUGCCACGGAGGAAACGUUUGGGGAUUGAAUGGGACACAGCAGUUGACUACAUCUCGAGGUAGGACUCAAACUCUAUAAGCUGAAGGCUGAAUCAGUCGGCACAAGAGCGACAGAUUUCAUAGUCGUCUUUGCCAGUCUACCAGAGGCCUUGGAACAUUAAGCUGCUAUCUCCAAAAAGUUCACUUUAUAUGUUAUAGCUGGCGUUCCCUCACAUGCUUGCUGCUUCCUGGUGACGAUGGAAACACAGAGAAGAACUUGCCUGUAAUUGUAAAGCACCAGUUUAUGCGAAGGGCUUUAUUCCAAGGUAUGAGCAAGGGAGAAUCGGAGCUUCUUAAAAGAAAUGACUGGAAUUGAAGCUGCUUUAGUAUCUGGGAUAUUGAAUAUUGUGGGGACAAAGUUAGCUCCACUGGUGACAAAAAGGUUCAGCUCGAUAGCAGGUGUCACCAAAGAUCUUCAGGACCUCCAGGAUCUAGUUGAGGAUAUAAAGAUUUGGUUGGAACGAGUAGGUAGUAGAGCAUUAGAGAACGAGCGUUCAUCUAAUUGGCUUAAACGAUUGAAAGAGGCUGCUUACGAUGCUGAAGAUUUGGUCAAUGAGUUCCAUAUCAAGUCUGAGAAACAUGGCGCAAAUGUUGCAGGUGACAACAGUGUUGUGAUCAAAUACUUAUGGAGAAAACCAAAAUCAAUUCUGUUUGAAUGCAAGACAGCUCAAGAGAUCAAGAAGAUAAAGAAGAGACUUGAUGAAAUCGUGAAGGGAAGAAGUGACUAUAGCACAAUAGCAAAUAGUAUGCCAGUGGUUCAUCCUGUUCAGCAUAUAAACAAGAUGAUUGGUGAGGUGGCACUAUGGACUAUCGUGGACGAGACCUUAAUAUUUGGGCGGGAUCAAGAGAAGGAUCUGGUGAUAACUGAGCUCACAGAGGCUAGUCUCCAACAAAAAAUAAAGAUAGUUUCAGUAAUUGGACUAGGUGGCUCCGGAAAAACUACUCUUGCAAAACUAGUAUUCAAUGACAGUGCUAUACAAAAUCAUUUUGAAGCCAUACUGUGGGUUCAUGUAUCAAGAGAAUUUUCUGUUCAAAAGCUUGUUGAGAAGUUGUUUGAAGCUAUUACAGAUGACAAGGCAGACCACCUUCCGUUGCAGCGUGUGAGCAGAACAAUCUCAGACAAGUUGGCUGGAAAGAGGUUUCUACUUGUCAUGGAUGAUGUUUGGACUGAGGACCGCAUCGACUGGGAGCAAUUCGCGGUACAUCUGAAGAGUGGAGCACCUGGAAGUUGCAUUUUACUCACCACUCGCAAUAGACAAGUUGCCGAAGUGGUGGAUUCUGCAUGUACAUUUGACCUGCCAUUGUUGUCUGAGGUGGAUAGCUGGAAAUUGUUCCAGCAAAGUUUUGGAAUUUCCAUGGAGGCUUUGGACCCUGAAUUCCGAGAACUUGGAAAAGAGAUUGUGAAGAGAUGUGGUGGCAUGCCGCUUGCAAUUAAAUCUCUUGCUGGUGUUCUCUGUGGAAAGAAAAGAAUAGAAGAAUGGCAGUUCAUAAGAGAGAGUAAUUUAUUAGAUGCCGAGGAGAAACAAGAUAAUGUAUCAGCAUGUUUGCGGUUGAGCUAUUUUAAUUUUCCACAUCAUCUAAAGCAUUGUUUUACACAUUGCUCUAUAUUACCAAGAGGCCAUUUAAUCUACAAGCGCCGUUUGAUUUAUCAAUGGAUCGCACAUGGUUUCGUCACGACUAACCAAGCUCAGCAACCAGAAGAUGUUGGAAUUGACUACUUCAAUUUUCUUCUGAAAGUGGGUUUUCUUCAAGAUUCAAUCCAACGUCGAUAUGACAGUGAUGUAGGAUACAAAAUGCAUGACCUGGUUUAUGAUCUCGCUAGACAAAUUUUGCGGGAUGAAUUAGUGUCUGAGAAAGCAACUAGUGAUCAAAUAAAAGGAUGCAGGUAUUUAUCUUUGACUUCAUGCACGAGCCCGGUUGACAGGAAGCUAUUUAACAAGGUCCACGCUCUGUACGUUUCUAGGGGUAAUCCUGCAUUUGACAAGAGAAUAAACAAGAGGUCUUGCGUGCGCACAAUUAUAUUGGAGCGUAUAAGUGCUGCUUCGCUGUGUCUCUAUUUAUCGAAGUUUGAACUCCUGGGGUAUCUUGAAAUCUCCAAUGUUAAAUGUGAAGUACUACCAGAAGCUAUCUCGCACUGUUGGAACCUCCAAGCCAUUCACAUGAUAGAUUGCCAUAGACUUGCAAAUCUUCCACAGUCUAUUGGUAAGCUUAAGAAGCUAAGAACGCUAGUACUUGAUGGUUGUUGGAAAAUCAGCACUUUACCUCAGUCUAUUUGUGGCUGUGAUGAUCUUCAGAGUUUGUAUGUAAAGGGUUCUAAGAUGGAAGACAUACCUCAAUCCAUAUGGAAAAUUGAAAAACUUAGGGUCCUAUGGUUUUUCGCUAAUGUAUUAGAACAGUUUGCUUCGGUUCAGCAUUUUGGGAAGAUUUGCAAUUUACAGACUAUCACCUUAAGUUAUUGUUCGCUCCAACACGUGCCUCAGUGUAUCACUUUGCUGACUCAUCUAGAACAUCUAGACCUUGAAGGCUGUAGAGAGCUUGUGGAAUUGCCUGAAGGCAUAGCGAACUUAAAAAUGCUGCAAGUUUUGAAUCUAUACAGAUGCAACAAGUUACGUGGCCUGCCAGCAGGUUGUGCACAACUGACUCAUUUACACAAGUUGGGCUUGUUUGUUAUAGGAGAGAGUACUACGCAUGCAAGGAUCUCAGAGCUUGAAAAUCUUGAUAAGUUAAACGGUGAGUUGCAAAUAAAGAAUAUCACACAUGUGAAGAAUCCAGAUGAUGCAGUAAAGGCUAAUUUGAGAAAAAAGAAUGGAAUACGGAAAUUGUCAUUAGAUUGGCACUCAAGGUCAUGGGUGGAGUUUGGGGAUAGUGAUACUGAAGAAUUAGUUUUUGUUGAGCUAAGGAGAGAAGAAGAGUUAUUGUUACAUAUGGAGAAGGACCUGCGUUUGCUCAAUGGUCUUGAACCACCAUCAGAAAUUCAGGAGCUCCGAGUUGGUGGAUAUUCAGGUUUGCGGUUGCCAUGUUGGAUGACAAAGCAGAGUGAUUCUUUUGAUCUGGCUGACAUGCAUAUGUUGAAGAAAAGCAAACCUCUUCCAUUCUCCCAUCUGACUAAACUAGUGUUGGAAAAUUUACCAAACUUGGAGCAUCUGCAGGGACUUGUGGAUUUGCCUGCGAUAAAGAUCCUUGAGCUGAGAGCACUGCCUAAGCUUGACUUGCUUACUUUCACAGCUGAUGUAGCAGAUGGGAAGGAAGAAGUGGACCUGCAAUGCCAUUUCCCUAGCCUUCUCGAGUUAGUGAUAGGUGACUGCUCGAAAUUGAACGUGAAGACGUACUUUCCAUUGUCUUUGCAGAAAUUAACACUGGAAGGAAGCAAUGAACCGUUGCUGUCCCUAGGUAGCUUCUUCCGUUGUCCGGGUGAUGCUCAUGAGGAUGAUGAGUCUUGCUCUUCCUCCUAUAUUACGGAGGUGAAGACGGAUCCUUGUCGCCUCACGCAACUGAAACUUGGAAAACUGAUAGGAUCAUCCGGUUGGGAGGUGCUGCAGCAUCUCACCGGGCUUCGUGACUUGGAAAUUAAUAGGUGCAAUGAACUUAGGCAAUUGCCUGAGACCAUGCGAGGCCUCACCUGCCUCCAUAGGCUGUCGUUGCAAAAAUGCGAGAAUCUUUGCGUGCUUCCGGAGUGGCUUGGAGAACUCCAAUCUCUGCGGAGGUUAGAUAUUUUUUUUCUCCCAGCAAUAUCUAACCUCCCUCCAUCAAUAAAUCGCCUCACACUCCUCCAAGAUCUAGACAUAAGGGGAUGCAAACCCCUCCAGCGGCUGCCUGAGGAAUUCGGGGAGCUAUGCUCUCUACGUAGCCUUACCUUGUGGGGGUUGCCUGCCCUGACUUGCCUCCCCGAGAGCAUGCAGCGUCUCACCUCACUUCAAUUUCUCAAUUGGGUUGAUUGCCACUGCCAGCUUCCAGAGUCCCUAGGUGAACUUCCUGCACUUCGAAAAUUCUGGAUCCAGAACUGCCCUACACUUACAUCCUUGCCCCACUUCAUUCAACGCCUUCCUGUUCUUGAGGAAUUACACAUAGCAACCUGUCCUGAGCUGUAUAAGCGUUGCCAGGAAGGAGUGGGGCAGGAUUGGCACCUUGUCUCGCAUAUUCCGUAUUUGGAAUUGGAUGAAUUUUACUAGGCCAUUAUGGUCUUCAGAAUGGCGCAUCAUAUUCGUAUUCAAAGGCAAACAGGCAAGGCCAGAAUAUGCAGUUGAUAGGUGUUAACCACCUAUGGUCUAUGGAAAAAGAGCCGUUCCAAUGCUAAAGAAAUGGACAAAAUCUUGUGUCCGGCCUUAAGCUUGGCGUCAGUGGAAACAAAUAUUGCAUCAUGCCAGAGGCCCAAAGCUUCUGGGACGAUCUCUGGCAUGGAGCGGAUCCCCUGGCAGUGACACACAUUUUCGCGUCCCUCCACAGUCAAUCGUUUAGGCACAAUCGGAAUCUCGGCUUCGACGUGGAGGAUGCUCAUGUUCGCUACUCGCUAGUCCGCCUAUGCCCCCACCAAGCGUACACUCUGACGUCUUGAUACAGAGAUGAUUGGACAAUACAACGGCAGCCGUGUCCAUUAGUAUGACUGAAUUUCAUGAUUCUUUUUUGGGAGGGAUUCUGCUGAUGGCAGAGCGCUCAGAAGAGAACAUGUGUCUCAGUGGAAGUGUGAUCGAUACAGUUAUCAAGACUGUGAACUAGAUAAUUGAGCUGGAGGAGUAUCAUGGUGAUGACGCUUUCUUCCCCUCUCUUUCUUCAUAAGGAUAAUUGCAAUGGGUGGUUUCAUUUUGUUGUUUCCAAGAGCCCCACAACACCAAAACACACAAAAAAAAUCAUGGAUGAAACUAACACCACAAUACAUUGUUUCAUAUUUGCUAUUUCA